ACUGAGCGUACCCGGAUGCGUUCCCCGACAGUGCUCAUUAGUAUUACAAAGUGGGCGGAGACUUUUACGGAAAAUAUACAAGGUAGACAAAGUUCCGUUUAUCAAAUCCGUAUAUUAGACAGGUAUCACGUGAGCUACAGCAAAAUUAUACGUAAUCUCCGGCUCCUUUUAGCAAGCCGAAAGGAACCGGAGCACAACUGGAGGGUAAAAUACGCGCAUGAAGCGACGUAAAACGUUCUGUGUUGGUUGUAGGAGGAGGGGAGGGGGAGACAAUGGCCGAGGACGGCCUGAUCACGUGCUACAAGGGAGGGUUGGUACUGAAAGGUGGCUCCCUGGUGCAGAAAGACAUCUGGGUGAGGGCAGGGAGAGUUGUAGAGCCUCAGGAGCUCUUCUUCCGAGACAGACGUGCUCCCAGUUUCUACUUUGACUGCAGUAAUCACAUUGUGGCCCCUGGGUUUAUUGAUGUUCAGAUAAACGGUGGGUUCGGUGUUGACUUUUCCAAACUCCGCCCAGGGGGUGUGGCAGAGGGCGUGGCCUCAGUUGCCAGGGGGCUGUUGGAGCACGGAGUCACUGCGUUCUGCCCCACCAUCAUCACCUCUGGAGCUGAUUACUAUGCCUCAAUCCUGCCAGAGAUGAGAGUGAGUGAGGGAGGAUCACAUGGGGCAGCUGUAUUAGGAGUUCAUGUUGAAGGUCCAUUCAUUAGCCGGGAGAAGAAAGGGGCUCACCCCGAGCAGUUCAUACAAUCUCUCCUCUCUCCGGGUGCGGUUGUGAGGACAUACGGUUGCCUUGACAACGUCCGUGUGGUGACACUGGCACCAGAGCUCGAGGGAGCACAGCACACAAUUCGCUGGCUCAGCAGGAAGAAGGGAGUGGUGGUGUCAUUAGGACAUUCCAUGGCGGAUCUGACGACAGCGGAACAUGCCGUUAAUUCGGGGGCAUCUCUCAUUACCCAUCUUUUCAACGCCAUGCUCCCAUUUCACCACCGAGACCCUGGAAUAGUUGGACUUUUAACGAGCCAAUCGGUGGGGGAUGCCCCUGUCUAUUACAGCCUAAUUGUUGAUGGGAAUCACACACACGAGACAGUGCAGAGAAUAGCCCACAAAGCUCACCCAGAAGGUCUAGAGUUUGGCUCCCUGCCAGUCAAAACCUGUGUAGUGCUGGUGACAGACGCCAUGGCGGGGAUGGGAGUGAGGAGUGGGGAUGUGAGAGGGGGUCAGGAAGAGAGCCGUUUCUCUCUGGGAGAAGGUGGCAGAGUUGAGGUGUCUGGAGGAGCUGUGAGACUGGCAGGAACUAGCACCCUCGCUGGAAGUGUGGCGACAAUGGAUGAGUGUGUUCGUCAUUUCAGACGUGCCACGGCCUGCACAGAGGCAGUGGCCCUCGAGGCUGCGUCUCUCCAUCCAGCCAGGGUCCUGGGUCUGGAGGACAGCAGAGGGCAGCUAGAGAAGGGAGCCAGGGCUGAUAUAGUGGUCCUGGACCGAGAUCUGAAUGUUCAAGGAACCUUUAUAGCGGGUCAUCCGGUGUGGAGUCUUCCUGGUAGCCGCAUGCAUAGAGAACAGCAGAGAUUUUCAAAUCUACAUACAUAGCAACCAACACAGGUACUAUAUAUUUCACGGACACAAGGUUUGGCUAUUUAUUGAAGAUGACAGUACUCAUAAGUUCACACUAUUUUACAAACAUUGUUUCACUAGACAUUAAUUUUGAACAUCUACAUUGAAGAUGACAUAUUCCAAGAACGCUAGAUGGUCUCUAUAUCACGGGAGCUGCUUGCUGCCGCAGCGUGGGUGAUGAUGUCAUUGAUAUUGCUGGGGCUGAGGUUUGGGCGGAGGCUCCAGACCAAACUGGGACAUCAGUCUCCCAAUCUCUCCCUCCUUCUUCCCUUCAGCUAUCACCUGUGCACCACAGACACACAAAAAAGUUUUCGAAAAAAUUACAUAGCUUUACUGAUCACUGCCCACAAAAAUUGUGCAGAGAACACGAAUUCGAACCUCUUCAAUACUCAAAUUUAACAUACAAACCCUUAACCUUCCUAGCAAUGUCCAUCUUCCCGAAGAGGUUCCAAGUCAGUACGCCCACCACCCUCCUUUCCUCUCGACUCAGGUAGAACACCACUCCUUUUGAAUAGUCAUCAACACCCGCCCCACCCUCCUCCGUACUAGUCUUGGGGUAGACUCCACAGGUCGGCAGACUGGAGUCAACUACACCAGUGGCUUCAAAACCAACGUCAGGCCCAACGUCACUCCAAAACAUCGACUGAUGUUCGAAUUUCUGCUGGUCUCCAGCCAUGUUGCUUCCAGCCAAUCUCCCGCUCACCUGGGCGUGGUCGUGGUGCUCCACCCUUCGUCUCCCGAGAUGUGGAUCAUAGAAACAAGCUGCAUCUCCAGCC